CUGGAAAGUUUUUUCUGGAAACUUGCUUUGGCCCUGGAAGGAUCCUGCUUCGCUCCGACAACAAAAAGAAACAAGACUAUCCUCUUUACUUGGACCUCAAUGACGCAGCCAAGCAGAAUGGCACCUCGAUGAACGAUUAAUCCUUCCUAGUCUAGCUAGAGAGUCCGCAAACAGAUCAUUCUUCAACAAUGCUGCAAAUGAUCCCUGACCACCCAGACCUAUCAUUGCUUUUCUACACGACAAUCUCAGCUGGUCUGCUCGGCUUUGUUCUGGCAGUCAUACGUCGAGGACGUGAGAAACCAUGGAAGAUGGUUCCAGGGUGGCUUCCCAUUGUGGGGCAUUUUCACUAUGUCGGUGGCACACCCAUGAUGGCACAAAUGCUGGAAGAGUGGGCCGAAAAGCACUCUGAAGAUGUUGGUUGUUACGAAAUCGAUUUGAUGGGAGUCAAGUAUGUUGUUGUUAGCCGGGAAGACCGUGCCAUGGAAGUCUUGAAGCAGCGACCACACAAAGUCCAACGUAUUCCUGGAAUUCGGGAGGCAUCGGAUUCGACGGGGGCUACUGGUGUCUUUUCAGCAGAAGGAUCCCUGUGGAAAGAAGAAAAGAAACUCAUUUCAGCAGCACUCAAUCGCAACAGUAUCAAUGACUUUUUGUCAAGCAUGAAGGAUAAUGCCAAGAGGCUUGUGCAGAAAUGGAAUUGCGACAUUGGUGGUCAUGGCGAUAAUAACAACAGUAAGAUUCAGCCAAUCAGCUUGGAUAUUGGCCACGCGACCGCCGAUGCAAUCUCCAAGGUGAUGCUUGACCAAGACUUUGAUUUUUUGAAUAAUCCAGAAUCCAAAAUGGCGCACAAUGUCUUCACUGGAUUCCGUGGAUGGAUUUUGAGGACAUUGAGUCCAAUUUGGUACUGGAGGAUUCCCCUCAUUGGCCAGGAUCUGGAUGGCUAUGGCAAGUACUAUCGAUACCUCAAUCAGGUCUUCAAUCGGGCAGUGGAUGACUUUGAAAAGAGAAAGAAGGAAGCAUCCAACAACAAUGAUUCCAACAGCAACUACAACAAGAUGUUCUUGGGAAAGCUAUACCAAGCCAUGGAGCAGGAAAAGUCGAACCUAUCACGACAACGAGUAGUGGGCAACAUCUAUACUGCCUUUGCGGCUGGAAUUGACACCACUUCCAAAACUCUAGUCUCAACACUCUAUGCCCUGGCUAUGGACCAGAAAGUACAAGAAGAGCUUCGGGAACAUGUAAAGGACUUUGAUAUUGAUGACGGUUCUUCUACACUUCAAGACUUGUAUACGUGGCUGCCCAUGCUCAAAUCAUUCAUGCAUGAAAUCCAUCGUUGGUAUGCAGUUCCAUUUAUCAUGCUGAGAGUGGCUGAGGAGAUUCCCUUUUGUGGCAGCACCAUGUUGCUUCCUGGUCAAGAUGUGUUGGUUCUAGGGCGGUACUUGUCGGUGAAACCGGAUGCCACGGAUGUUCCCUUAGGACCGGACAAUGCUCCUCCCACAGAAUUCAACCAUCAAAGAUACUUGGUCCCAUUGGAGACAGAGGAUAGUGAUUGCAAUAACGACAACAAGGACAUCCAAAAAUGGACUUGCCCAGGACCCAGUGACAAAUCAACUGGUUUUCUCAACUUUGGUCAUGGGGUUCGAAAGUGUCCGGGCCGAGUCUUCUCUGAAGCCUUCUCCUAUUAUGUAUUGAUUGCUAUUCUGCAGAAUUUUCAGUUUGAACUUGCCCCCAACCAACCUCCUGUGAAGAUUGUUUUUGACUCGGUCAUGACUCCAGACACCCAGAUUCAGCUCAAGUUAACCAAGUUGUCUAACACAACAGAUUGAUUA